UCCACUAGAUGUUCGAUGUAAAAUCUGGCUUCUGAAGUAAAACCAGUUGAGAACAAUUGAUUUAUAACUAACACACAACCAUAAAAGAAUAGUUCAUAGCACACUGAAAGCUAAUUGAAUUGCAAAGUAACUACAAAAUGUGGGCAGUGCAAACCUGAAUUCAACUUCCUCUUGAUGUGGCUGAAAUUCCCCGCUUGAAACUUCUGGGGUAAAGUUCCCUCUCAAACAGCAGAAAUUUACACUGCAUCAUGUUGAACAUCAUGAAGAUCAUGCAGCUUUAUCUUUAUCUGCUCAUAUGGUGUGAAGCAGCAGAGACUUUAACAGAUCAACUAACAGAUUUGGGUCAAAAUGUGACUAUAAACUGUGAUCUUGAUGUACAGGAGGCUAACUGGUUAUUACUGAAACUACCAGAUUCUCCGAUCCUGAUAUUACUCUCUUCUACAACUUCAGCUAAUUUUUACUACAAUAAAACAUUUAAACACAAAUAUUCAGUGAAAAGUAAACAUAGUCUGUUCAUAAAUAAUGUCACUCUUGAUGAUUUAGGACUUUAUUACUGUUCGACCACAGACACACCUCCAAAAUACAGCAACGGGACCAGACUGUACAUCACUGAACUAAGUCUAAAUCUUGAGAACAAGAAUCAUACAGUGAUGAAGUACACUGAGCAGAAUCAGACACACUGGCAGAUUAUUAUCCUCAUAUCUGCUUUCAUAAAUGCUCUUCUGAUCAUUGUGGUCAUAGGACUAGUAAAGAUGUUUGUUCUUGGAAGCAAGAGAACCAGAGACAACUUGAAACGAUCUCAAGAUACACACCGACCACAGCCUCGAGUUAUGGAUCUUGGACAACCACAAAACUCAAGCCAAGCGCAGGAUGCUAUGGUACACUUUUCCACACCAUGUAAAAGGUUUCAGCCCUGCCAAAUAAACGACACAUAUGCAUUUCUACAGCUGCCAGAAUCAAUAACAGAUAAUAACCUCUGACCCUUUUAGUUGAAUUACUCAUUGUAUUUGAAAACAAAUUAGAUAUUGCAUAACUAUACAUAUGUAGAUCGCUUUAAUCAACAUAUUUAGCUCACUAGAUGUUUUUGACCCCAAGAGUUGUGUAAGGUUUCAUUCAGUAUAGCAUAAGAUUUAAAGUGAAUUGUAAGUAAGUCAUGCUUAUCACUUAUUUAACUUAGAUGUGACAUAGUUAACUGAUAUGACUUGUCAUUUUAACUCUUCAUAUUUUUUCUUUUUUUUGAGCUUGCACAUUGGCAGUUACAUGACAAUUACAUACUGCUUAAUACUGUAUAAAGCAAUUUGAUUUGUGCUUUUGAGCUUAACAAAAGUUUUGAGUUUUGCUUGAUUUGCCUAUUUAUGAUAACUUGCUAGUUGUCUUGAUGGUGAUCUAGUGUUCAGAUGUCUUUGUAUAAUGAUCAUUAAACUGAUUUCCUACAUAGCUAUGCUCAUUUCUUGUGUCUCAUUACUUUGGAUUCUCUUCUACUUGUGUAAUAAUCUAAUUUCAGUUCUAUAUUUAUUUAUUUGGUAAGUAAUCUUGUAAUGAGUCGAAUAACGAACAACCAAUUGGACUGUUCAUGAUCCCUUUUGUAAUAUACA